AUGAUAAUGUUUAUCAAGUGGUGGAACACUGAUAUUUUCUCAUCACACUUCAACACCUAUCUCUCGAACGCUUUAUUUCUGCUUAGAGAAAUCGACAAUCUGUAUGCAUCUUUAGAGGCCGGUGAGGUACCGUUUUUGUUCUAUUUCUCGGAGUUCCGAGGGUCUAACAUCUCACUUGAGGAGGACAUAGGAAGAAGACAUAACAGCACAUCCGCAGGCUGCUUCCGGAUAUCGCGGAUUGAAUUUUCAACUCCUGAGGAUUAA